AUGUAUAAUAAACAAAUUUCAACAGCUGAAAAUUUACUUAAAAAUAUCGAUACUUUAGUUGAUGUUGAAACAAAACGAAAAAAAUUAUUUAAUGAUUGUUAUGAUAUUCUUUCAUCUUUUUUAAAUUUUAAUUAUUUACAUACAAAAGAUCCACUUGAUGAAAAAAUUUUACUUGACUAUACAAAAGAAUUUGAUAAAAAAUUAAAGGCUGAUAUGAACUUAUUAAACGUUUUGCCUCCAUUAACUUUAGUAUAUACGAGUGCAUUUGUUCAUCAAAUAAUCGAUUUUAUUUGCCAACUCAUUCAUAAUGAUUAUGCAUAUGUAUCAAAUACAUCAGUUUAUUUUGAUACAUUAAAUUUUAAAAGAAAAUUUUUACAUGACAAAUUAAAACUCGAUCGAAUGAAGAAUAUUGCUAACUUAUGUGAACGUGAAGAAGCAUUAAUAAAAAAAAAUUUACAAGUGAAGCAAAGAAAAAUAAAUCUGAUUUUCUUCUUUGAAGAAAAAGCGAAUCAGGUGAACUUUCUUGGCCAUCAACAUGGGGUCGUGGUCGACCCCAAUGUUUUAGUCAAUGUGGUGCUAUUGCUCAUUUAA